AUUUUCCACAUUUUUAUAUCAGCAGCAAAAGUAAACAAUAAAAUAAAGUUGUAUUAAAAAAACUGAAUUAUUUUGAAGAACUACAAUGGAAUGCAUAGUGUGCCACGAAGAAACAAACAAAUAUAAAUGCCCCAAGUGUACAAGUCCCUAUUGCUCUGUUGCAUGUUAUAAACUUCAUAAGGAUUCAUCAGAUUGUCUGACAAAGCUGAAGGAAACAGUUGCUAUUCCAUGUUUGGGGCAAGACGAAGAAGAGGAGCCAACACUGCAUGAUCCAUUUAAGACGGAAGAUACGGUGUCAAUAGACAAACUAAAAAUGCUUGAAAACAGUGUUCACUUGAAGAACCUACUAUGUAAUCCCCAUUUGAGAAAUCUGCUGACCGAAAUAGACACCGCACCUUAUGCGUGGAAAGCGAUCAGAGCGGCAAUGCAUGAACCAUUAUUUUUGGAAUUUGCCGAUGAAUGUUUAAGAGUGGUGGAACCUGGUGCACAAGAAGACUGAAUAAAUAGUUAAAGUUUAUACUUAAUAGGUUGUUAAGGACUUUUUUAAAAGAAAAGACUUGAAAGUUUAUAUUCUCCGUUGGAAUUAGCAACACAAUUUGUGUUAAUAUGCUUUAGAAUAUUAGAAUACCUUAAAUAGGUAAGACAUACCAAUAUUUCAAA